ACCUGUACACUGAUGAAAGUCGUGCUAUAAGUACAACUUAGUCCAUUGCAUCUACUUCAUACGUGGGUUAUACCAGAACGUUAUUGCAUUAUUAUUUGUGCAGACUAAACUAUUUCAUUCGCUCCUCCAGCCGGGCCGCGUCACACCAUCCAGUUAUUUAAGAGCGCAGCGAAGCUACAUCUUCUCUAUUGAUUUUCUUCACCGCUACCGGCACAUAUCUAACUCAAGAGAUCCUGGUUGUAUUAUCAUUGUUCGGUUGUUACUUUAAGAAAAUGAAUCGAGUUGCGGUUAUCGGAGCUGGUGCUGCGGGUUUAUGUGCAUUAAGACACUUACGAGCCAAACCCUCAGUUUUCCAACCCGUUGCUUUCGAAAUAGGUGAAAAAGUUGGUGGUACAUGGGUGUACACGGAUCGACAAGGAAAAGAUGAGAAUGGACUACCGAUACAUUCCAGCAUGUACCGAAAUCUCAAAACGAACCUGCCGAAAGAAGUUAUGGCCUUCCCAGAUUUCGCCUUUGAGAAGAACUUACCAUCGUUUAUUAGCCAUUUUGAAGUGAUGAAGUAUCUGGAGAAAUACAUGCACCACUUCAACCUAGAACCAUACAUAAAAUCAAAAACAUUAGUUGAACGUCUUGAACCAAUACAACAUGCGACCAGGGAACAACCAACCUGGCAGGUAACCUAUAGUGACGUCACCAACCAAGAACAGAAACAUACCGAAGAGUUUGAUGGCGUUAUUGUCUGUAGCGGACAUUAUUCAGUACCGUUAAUGCCCAAAUUACCUGGUAUGGAUGUAUUCCAAGGUCAUCAGAUACACAGCCACGAUUAUCGUGAACCAGGGUUUUUUAAGGAUAAGAAAGUUGUAUGUUUAGGUGCUGGAGCGUCAGGAGUUGAUAUCGCUAUAGACAUCAGUACCCAGGCGGAACAGGUAACACUAAGCCAUAAUAAGUUGUGGAUUACGUCACCAUUUCCUGCAAACAUCAAACAGAAACCCGGAAUAAAACAUUUAUCGGAAAAGAGCGUUACGUUCCGUGAUGGUACCACAGAGGAUGCUGAUAUUGUUCUUUAUUGCACGGGCUAUAGAUUUGUCUACCCUUUUCUUACCGAUGAGUGUAAUUUAGAGAUAGACGAGAAUGAACGAGUUACUCCCCUUUACAAACAUUUGUUACAUUCUCAAUAUACAAACUUGUCUUUUAUUGGAUUGUGUAAGAUCAUUUGCCCCUUCCCUUCUUUUCAUAUACAGACUCAGUUCGCCAUUUCUGUGCUCGACGGUUCGUUAAAAUUACCACCCCGCGAGGAAAUGGAUGCCGACGCCGAUGAAGAUUUCAAAAAGAGAAUGGACGAAGGUUUAGCCCCAAGACAUGCGCAUUUAAUGGGCCCGCGACAGUGGAAAUACACAACUGAACUUGCCCGAAUGGCUAACAUUGACCCAAUAGCAAAGAGUGUCCAAGAACUGUUUGACAUGAUUCACGAAACACGUGUCAAGGAUCUGAUCGACUACAAGAAAAUCAAUUAUGAAAUAACUGGACCAGAAACAUUCCGUGCUUAUCAAUAACUGCUUACUCCCAUGUCGUUCAGCUACCAUUUAUUAUUCAUAUACAAACUGUUCCAGAUGGAAGAUCCGAUAUCCUUCUUUCAACAGUGUAUCACCUUUUAAACUCACUAUUGAAGCUACUUUAUCACUAUAUAAUCUACUUGAAACAGUUUAAAACAACCGAUAAAAUUGUAAAAUACAACGAUAAAUAUCAAGUGUGAAUCAAUGUAAUUUACUGUGGGAUCAAUGUAUAGUUUAUAAACGAAGUCGGACAAAUUGUUUUUAAAACAUCAUAAACUGGUUUGUUUACAUUGGCGUAUCAAUUCUAGUAACAGGUCCGGCCCAAUUUGCCCCUUUUGUCCCAUUUUAUGCUUGUGCGUUUUAAUUUGUUGGUUUUUUUCUCAGUAAAUCCGAUACACACUUGCUUCAAAUGAUGCAUUCUUAUUUUUAAAUCAUUUUAAUAAAGUUACAGAAGUUUAUGUGCAUGCGCAGUAAAACCGACAACAGCGUUUUGAAUUCGGUCCACUCGGCAAACCUCAGAAGAUUCCAGUACCCUUCAAUCUGCCGAGGUUUGCUAAGUGGGAUUCGGUUGAUUAGUGUUGAGAUAAGAGGCGUUUUUAUCGACCACUGAUUAGCCAAAGUGAUUUGCAUUCAAUCAAAUUUUCAUCUUUAACGCCCAUCUAAUUUAAAUUGGUUACCCAAAUCAACGAAUUUAUUGACACUGAUUUCCGAAGCGAUUACAUCAAAUCGCCAAAUCACUUCAGGGUGCGAUUUGAUCGGGUGAUCACGUGUUUUUUUCAACUGUGUCCAGCCACAACAAUUGUUUACAGCUAAUCGGAGCAUAUAACGAAC